UUGACUGAAGGAAUGGAGACUGGGCGCGACUAAGUACGACCGCUGAGGUAUUUACUGUACUUCAUGUAAGCGUACGUGUUGUGGUCACAGUCAGAUAUGAAAGUAAACAGUGAAACAGUAUUAGCAGGAGAAAGGAUUGUUUUAGUUCCCUACAAGAAAGAACACGUACCAAGAUAUCAUGACUGGAUGCAGUCACCUGAACUGCUGGAACAAACAGCAUCUGAAAGACUUACACUGGACCAAGAAUAUGAAAUGCAACAAAGCUGGUUCCACGAUGAAAAUAAGUGUACGUUUAUCAUUUUGGACAAAAACAAAUGGCUGCAGACUGAGAUGGCAGAAAUAGAAUGCAUGGCAGGUGAUGUCAAUUUGUUCUUUGAUGACUGUCAGCAGGAUACUGCAGAGAUUGAAAUCAUGAUAGCAGAGCCAUCUUGUAGAAGGUGUGGCCUCGGAAGAGAAGCUUUACUGACCAUGAUGAAUUAUGGUGUCACCAACUUGGGCGUACAAAAAUAUGUAGCAAAGAUUGGUUGCGACAACAAACCAAGUUUAACACUUUUCCACACACUAGGAUUUACUGAGGUUUCCGUAAGUGAAGUUUUUAAAGAGAUAACUUUAGAGAUGCAAGUAACAGAAACUGUCCAAGAAAGGCUUGCACAGACAACCAAGCACAUCUGUGUCCAUAAAUAUCCCUACAGACCUGUCCUGACCUCAGACACAAACUGAUGAUCAAUACUGGCAGAUGUGUUUAAGUUUUUCCAACCUCACUGCAUUAUUUUCUGGGGAGUCAGUCAAUCAUCUCACCUACGUACUAUGUAAAGACGUCCUCUGCUUUCCUUGGCCUACUGGGAAUGGCCUCAUGUUCUCAACAUGAAAGAUUUCAUUUCUAUCUCACUCAGAGAUACCCUUCUCUCUUCACAAUUUUUGUUUUCAUAACCGCUUUUAUAUUUAACAUCAACAAGUGAAUUCUGAUACGUACAUUGCUCAUUGCAAAGAAGAAGAUUUGAAGAAUAAUAAUUAUUAUAACGUCUUAACUUAUGGACAUGUUUUCCUGUCAAAACUGAAUCAACAGGUCAGUACCCGAGGACAGGAAUGCAAGAGGAUCUGUACAAAAUGAUCCUAAGAUUUGCUAAUUAAAAGUAGCCAUUAAAUUUGAACUCUUUGGAUCAGACAGUGUUUCAAGUUGUGAAAAUCUUUCUUCACCUCAAGCCAUCAAUAGAAAUACCUGUAUUGAGAGUGAUUGAGCUAGCCUCUUUAACAUGUUGUCCUCAGCAUUUUUUUCAAAAUGGUGGCACAAGCACCCAGGGCACGCCUUUGUUGAAAGGGUCUCGGGCUUCAUUUGAUAAUGGCCGUGUAACAAAUAUAAUAAAAUUAUUGAAACACAA